AUGGCCAUGUGGAUUAUUUUCCUGGGAAUUCUGAUGCACUGCUCCUUCCUGGAGGUCCUGACACAAUUGCCUGCUCAGCCUGAAAACUGCUCUGACCAAAGCCAGAAGAUCAGCUUUAGUCACUCAUAUAAAAUUAAUUUGCCCGAGUCCUUUCAGUUCAAGGUGGAACCAGACCCAGGGUCUCUCCAAGGCAACAAUCACAUGUUGUUCACUAAUGGCGAAGCAGAUGAAGGCGAGGAGCAAAACAUUGUAUUCAGGCAUAACAUUCAGCUGCAAACUCCUAAAAGAGACUGUGAAGUCCUUGAACAUGUUAAAGCUUUGCUGGAAAGACUGGAAAAUUUAGAGCUAGAAGUGGUACAUCUGAAAGAGAUCUGUAACUCUCAAAGCUGUUGUGGAAGAGGGCAAGGGGUGUCAUCCUGCAGCGGCCAUGGCACUUUCCUCCAAGAGAUCUGCAGCUGCAACUGCGAGGAAGGCUGGGAAGGAGAGGACUGUUCCAACCCCACAUGCCCAGGAAAUUGCAGUGGUAAUGGGCGCUGCAUUGAUGGCCGGUGUGUUUGCAAUGCCCGUUACGCUGGUGACGACUGCAGUCAACUCCUGUGCUCUGAGAACUGCAGUGGAAACGGGGCCUGUGUCCGUGGGGUCUGUCGAUGUUAUCAGGAGUUCACUGGAGAGGACUGCAGUGAGAAGAGGUGCCCUAAUGACUGUAGUGGCAAUGGGUACUGUGACAGUGGCGAGUGCUACUGCACGGGUGGUUUCACAGGGCUGGACUGCUCUGAAGUGCUUGCCCCAUGGAAUGUCCGUCUCCUUAAAACCACCGAAAAUUCCCUAGUCAUCGGCUGGGAUAAGAUAACAGAUGUGGACUACUACCUCAUCAGCUACUUUCCUGUUGGACAAGAGGCCUUGAUGAAACAAAUAAGGGUGCCCAAAGAUCAGACAAAUUAUGAGAUUCUGGGUCUGAUUCCUGGCACAGAAUAUGUAAUCACACUUCGCAAUGCAAAGAAGGAAGUCUUCAGUGAACCAGAACUCCUGCAAGUUAGCACAGCCGUUUCUGCCACUGGGCCUAUCUGGGUGACGGAGGAGACUGUGAACUCAUUGGAAGUGGAGUGGGAAAAUCUGGCAGCAGAAGUGGAUUACUACAAGCUGAGGUUCAGUUCUUUGCCUGGAGAGGAGAAGGAAGUGGUGGUUCCCAAAAGUAACGAAGUCAAGAGCAGAUAUAUCAUCACAGGCUUGAAGCCAGGAACCAAAUAUAAGAUCACUGUCACAUCUGUGAGGAAUGAGGUUGAAGGGAAGCCAUCUUCUGUACAUGGAUGGACAGGUAUAAACAGAAGGAGUUCUCUAAAACCAGUCCUUUAUUUAAAAGAAAUAGGUUCCCUCACCACACAUUCUGGCAAACCAGCAAGAAAAUUAAAAAAGCAUCACAUAAAUAUAGAUGUCAAAAACACAAACUGUCCAGCUGUAUCACUGUAUGAAAAAGAGAUUAUUGGAACCAUUGCACCACAGCUUUACAUUGAUGGCCCGACACAUUUAGUAACUGACCGAGUAACAGAAAACACAGCAACCAUUUCUUGGAAUGGAGCUCAGGCUCCCAUUGAUAGCUAUGUAGUGAGCUACAACUUAGUUGGUGGUGAUACCAAACAGAUAUCCAUUGACAAGGACAAGAGAACCACUAAUCUUGUGGGCCUGAAGCCUGGCAUGGAGUACACUAUCCACAUCUGGGCUGUGAAGGGAACUCAGCAGAGCAGAAGGGCAAGCACAGAAGCUGAAACAGAAAUAGAUGGACCCACCAACCUGAAAACAGACCAAGUGACAGAAAACUCAGCCACUGUGUCUUGGAACAAGGCCUGGGCACCUAUAGAACAGAACAUCCUCAGCUAUACAUCUGCUGAUGGAGAAACCAGAGAGGUACCUGUUGGGAAGGAUAACGUCAAGACUACCUUGACAGACUUGAAACCAGGCAUAGAAUAUGUUCUCCACAUCUGGGCAGUGAAGGGAAGCCAGCAGAGCAAGCGAGCAAGCACAAAAAUUAUGACAGAUAUUGAUCCACCAAAGAAUAUCCGUGUAUCAGACAUGACACAGUCCAGUGGAGUAGUCACUUGGAUGCCCCCAGAUGCUCAAAUCAGUGGCUAUCAUCUCACCUAUCAAGAUCCAAUUGGCACCAGUAAGGAAGUGCGACUUGGAGCAAAUGAUCGAAAGUUUGUUCUAGAAAACUUAAGUCGUGGUACUAAGUAUACCAUAUACAUUACAGCCGUUAAGGGAGAUCGCAGGAGUCGAACAGUGACCACCACUUUUUCUACAAUCAGUUUGCAUUAUCCCUACCCUGUGGACUGCAGCCAAACCCAGCAAAAUGGUAAUUCCAUCAGCGGCCUAUAUACCAUCUAUCUGAAUGGUGACAGCAGCAGACCCCUUGAGGUAUAUUGUGACAUGACCACUGAUGGAGGGGGAUGGAUAAUGAUUCAGCGGAGGUCCACAGGGCAGCUGGAUUUCUCUAAGAGAUGGAAGAAUUAUGUUGAAGGCUUUGGAAGUUCUUCUGGAGAAUUUUGGCUUGGCCUAGAAAAAUUGAAUAACCUCACCAGGUCUGCCCGCCUUCCCUAUGAGCUGAGGGUAGAUUUACAGACUCACAACGAGUCAGCCUAUGCCACCUAUGACUUCUUCCAGGUGGGUUCCAGCAGAGAUCGAUACAAGCUGUCUUUGGGAAACUACAGAGGCACUGCUGGGGAUGCCAUGACUUACCAUAAUGGUAGGAAAUUUACAACCUUGGACAAGGAUAAUGAUAUAGCUAUCACCAACUGCGCGAUAACACACCAUGGUGGCUGGUGGUAUAAGAACUGCCACCUGGCUAAUCUCAAUGGGAAGUAUGGAGAACAGAAGCACAGUGAGGGAAUUAACUGGGAGCCAUGGAAAGGCCAUUUAUAUUCUAUCCCUUACACAGAAAUGAAGAUCCGUCCACGUUCACAUAGCUUUGAGGCAGUCUUGAGUAGAAAACGGAGAUUUGUGGCUACGAAGAGGAAGGAGACUAGAGUUUAAAAGUCUGUUGGAAGUGCUGUGUUUGCUAACCACACACAGCAAUGCAUGAUCAUGUAAUAGUGUGUCAGGCCUUUGGUGCACAUUU